AUGCUUGUUCACCAUCAACACCCAGUUCCUCUCCCACCGUCAUCAGCUCCGUCUGCACCUGCAGAAUAUCUAGAAUAUCCUUACAAUGCACAUAUUUCUUCACCUACAGCUGUUCAGUUACGAUCCAAACCGAUAAACAUUGAGGCUCUGGCACCGAGAACAAAGCCAUCAUUUACUAUUCGUACAGCUACAAUCGCGGAUGCACCAGCAAUUGCGCGCCUAGGCUCAACCGUCUUCUCCACGACUUUUGGCUUCAGUAUUCCAACGAACGAUCUGAAUGCGUACCUGACCGAGGCGUAUAGUGUAGAGGCUAUUGAAGAGGACAUCCGGUGUGCGACAAAGCAUAUUCUCGUUGCCUCUUCUGAGAGAUCCUCGGUCCCCAACGGUUUGACGGCUGAUGCCAACGAAGAGGAUGGCGAGGAGGAAAUAAUCGGCUUUGCGCAACUCACAGAAGGCACCUCAGAGCCCUGCAUCUCGGACAUCCCAUCCAUCGCCGAACUGCAGCGCUUGUACGUCUCCACGGCAUUCCAUGGCUACGGAGUUGGAAAGUUCCUGGCGAGCCAAAUUGAAGAUGUGGCCCGGCGUCUGGGUUACAGAGCACUGUGGCUGGGCGUCUGGGAGGGCAACUUUCGCGCCCAAAAGGUGUAUGAGGGACUGGGGUUUGUCAAAGUCGGGGACCAUGAGUUCAAGAUGGGCCAGUGUAUCCAGAUGGAUUGGAUCAUGUCCAAGGAGUUGUGA